GUGACAGACGCUAUUAUAAAGCUGCAGCCGGCGAGGAGACUGGAUCGAGACGGACGAGUGAGGGAUGCGGUGCCACCCGUGCAAGCUGUCGGCGUGUGCUUUGUGCGUGCUGCUUCUCUGCUUGAUUUACGUGUUCCCCGUGUAUCGGGUACCCCGGGACGAGGAGAUCCUGGAAGAGGUGCUACGGCAUCAUGGCCACGCUUGGAAGAAAAACCAGACUGGCAUCGACCUUUAUAGGAAGCUGCUGAACGAGUGCUGCGCCCCCCAGCGUCUGUUCGCGUUGACCAAGGAGAACACGCCGGUGGGCAAAUCCUUAUGGUACGACCAAGAGUUCCACCGCUCUCACUUGGUCGAUAAUGAGUCCCACUCAAUAUUUGUGCAGGCCAGCCCUCUCCCGCUCCCCCUGAAGAAGUGUGCCGUGGUGGGCAACGGAGGCAUCCUCCGGCACAGCCAGUGCGGCCGCGCCAUCGACAAGGCCGACUUUGUCAUGAGGUGUAACCUCCCACCGCUCUCUAAAGAAUACGUGGAUGACGUAGGCACCAAAACGCACCUGGUGACGGCCAACCCAAGCAUCAUUGAGAAGAAAUACCAGAGCCUGCUGUGGCGUCGCAAGUCCUUCGUGGACUACAUUAAGGCGUACGGCUCCAGCUUCAUCUACAUGCCGGGCUUCUCCACGCUUGCCGGUACCGAAUUGUCUAAACGCGUCGCCUACACGCUGGCGGACUCUUCGUCCAACCUCACCAUGCUGUUCGCCAACCCUCACUUCCUGAACGUGGUGGGUCAGUUCUGGAAGGAGCGCGGCGUGCAUGCCCGCCGCCUCUCCACAGGCCUCUUUAUGGUCAGCCUGGCUUUGGGCCUGUGCGACGAGGUCAGCGUCUACGGCUUCUGGCCCUUGCCCACCGACCUGGAGAAGAAGCCUAUCAGUCACCACUAUUACGACAACAUGCAGCCCGACCGCUGGAUCCACGCUAUGCCCGAGGAGUUCGUGCAGCUGUGGGAGCUGCACAAAAGCGGGACACUGCGCGUCAAUCUGGGAAGCUGCGGUUAAGCGCUCAAACAAUCCUGUGGUGUUGUUACUAGAUCUUCCACACCCACGUGGCCGUUGGCCAAAAGGUGAGGGAGAGGAACUUCGGGAAUUGAAAAUUCCGUGGGUGAGGGAGGAAGGAUUUAUUCUGCCUGGCAGAAGUUUUGCCUAUCGAGCAUUUUCAAUAUCCUACAAGUGCGCUUCAAAAACUAUCUACUAGUACUCUCAAAUAAGAUUAUUUAGUGUAUUAGUAGCGGGACACUUUUUCUACUGCUGAACGACAUUUCUGCAACUCCAUGUCACUAGGGAACCACCUAAUAGCAUCUAGUAGAAUUUAAUUACCGUAUUGGCCCGAAUAUGAGAGUGUUUUUUUUGCAUUGAAAUAAGACUGAAAAAGUGGGGGUCGUCUUAUAUUCGCGGUCUAGACAUUAUACCCAUUCACGACGCUAGAUGGCGCCAGAUAUCAUUGAAGCAAUGUUCUGUCAUGACAGAUCUCGGCUACUCUCAAGUUUAACCAGUUUGCAUUAUUUUAUUGCAAUGUUUUCACUUAUUCAGAUUUGUUUCAAGACUACAGUUACAGUUAGAUUUCACUUUGAUGGUUGAUGCAGUUAUUGAAAUUUUGUUGUUUUAUCCCAAUCUGGCACAACCAGAAGCUAUUCAUUUACAAAUGUGAUUGCACUUUCAUUUACAUAUUUAAAUGUUCAGAUAUUAAGAUUUGAAUGAGGCAAAAAAACAUGCUUUUUCUCUCAAAUGUAUUGUUAUAAUCAUUUGUUUAGGAUGUACUGGAAAUAUUUUCUGUAUAAAAAUUAAUUUGGUGUUCAAAAAGUCUUUUUUUUUCAGACUUGAGUCUUGAAAAAGAGGGGGUCGUGUUAUAAUCAGGGCCGUCUUAUAUUCGGGCCAAUACAGUAUGUCACUCGCAGAGGUGUGUAGUAACCAGUGUUGUCACAGAUUACUUGAAAAAGUAAUUUAAUUACUGAUUACUGAUUACUCCUCAAAAAAGUAAUCUAGUUACUGAUUACUUUAUUAUCAAAGUAAAUAAGUUACUUUAAAAGUAAUUUGUCAGUUACUUUCCCCAAUUUUUCUCCCUUUGCUGCCUGAACAGAAAAAUUUCAUUGCAUGUAAUUGAAUUUUUCAGAUAAGGCUUUUUCUUCGAGUUAGCAGGGGUUUAGUUAGUCGAUGGAGUUGAUUUCAACCACCUUUGACUUGCGCUAGCUCAGCCACUCUGGAGCCCUGAACCUAACAAAUAACUGACAAACUGCAAGGAAUUUGUUCAAAACAACUCCAACGACAAAUUAAACAACCACUAACUCGAAGAUUAAGCCUAAUGUCAAAAAUUCUGAACCCCACUUUAAAAUAAAGACCUAGCCGUUAAAAUGAUGUCUAUAAAAGUUGUAAAGCAAUAAAACAACAAAAAUGAAAUGAGCAAGAAUCCUAUAAAGUAUUUCAUAAUGCAUGCAGUAUAGGCCAAAGGUUUGGAGACACCUCAAGGGUGGAUACUUUGAAGAAUGUAGAAGAUAAAACCUGUUUUCAAGUACAGUGGGGCAAAUAAGUAUUUUGUCAACCACUAAUUGUGCAAGUUCUCCCACUUGAA